AUGCCUCGCUACCUCACGCCGGCGCGCAUUUGCUGCCUGGUGUUGAUCCGCCAAUAUCAGUCUGGCCAUACAUCGUCUGAAUCCUCGCUCCGCGUCCUCGACUUUCUCGCAACCCACGUAACCGCUUCACCCGAAAACGACUUCGAAGCGGUAUCAGAGCGCAACAAGCUUUCUUCAUCAGACAUCACAUAUCUGGCCGAGAGACUUUCGCCAUGGAGCUCCAAAGUUACCGGCCGGAAUAUGUACGAUAUGCUACUCAAACGCAUCUGGUCACUUCAUGGUCUGGAUUCUCUACACAACCUGAUCAAUCGCCUCAACUCCGACGGUGUUCCUUUUGAUGAGGAAGGCAAUCCUAUCCCAUCGAAACAAAUCACCCCUGGCUCGCCACUCGGUCAAUUCAUUCGAAGAUGUUAUGUUGAAUUCACAAGACUGCAAUUUGCUGACUCUCAGGCACUCUGGAACUCUUUCGUAGCCUAUCGCGCACUGACAUAUGAGGACUGGGCAACGAAGAAUCCAGACGCAGCAAGAGAGCUCGAGGAGACGCAGAACCUGACCAACGUGCCGGCAUUGCCCAGGAAUGCCUUCAACGACGACACCGCAGAAGCCAAAUCCAACUCAAGCGUCGUCGAUGCUGAUAUGCUGCUCGGCUUUUCCAUCUACCAAUUGCAAAACCUCGGCACGCGAGUACCAGGAGAUGUGAAGACGCAGCUGGGCAAGUGGAUUGGCGACCAGUGGGAUUCAGGGACGCAAUCGCUUCACUUCUUCAUGGAGUUCUUCGAUCAUUGGAGGUCUGGCCAGUACAACAUGGCACUCGAGAGCCUGCACCGAUAUUUCGAUUACUCGCUUGCCGCGAGGACAGGUGCUGACAACAUGAGGGUCUACUACCAGUACGCUUUGCUUCACUUGAGUGUGCUGCAUGCCGAUUUCGAGUGCUGGGAUGAAAGCGUCGACGCGAUGAACGAGUGCAUAGCAACGGCACGUGAGAACCAGGAUACGGCCUGUCUGAACUUCGCCUUGUCCUGGCUACUAUAUCUUCGACAUGCUCAUCCAGACAAGAGCAGAUCAUCGUUCGCAACUAUCUCAGGCGCCGUUGGCAGUGGUGGUGGGGAGCAUGACGAGAUAGCGUUUUUGAAGCAAAAAGCAAGAGAUGGCAAACACUGGGUGCUGCUCAGCAAUACGUUGCUCGAAGAAGCGAAACUGGAGAUGUUCAGCGGUGGCAGCGCGAAUCGUGCCCAAGAAUACAUACUUCAGGCGAUGUACCUGAAUGUCCUUCACGACCUUCAAAACCUGGCACCUGCUGCUGCGCUCUUUCAUGGUGCAAGUCAUGAUCGCCUUGGCCAGGCACAGCUCGCAACCAGGUCGUACGAGUUAGCCACAGUUGUGCACGAUGUCCAUUGUUCACUAAACGAUCGCGUUCGCUCAAGCUGUCGACUCGCUUUUGCUUCGGCACUUUCUGGGCAUUACUCCAAGGCGAUGGCAAUGCUUGACAGCCUCAACCCAACCAUCAGAGGAGUGCUAAAGCUGGAGCAGCGCAUUUUGGCAUUUGCCACGAUUGUGCAGCUACGGCGACAACUACAUCGCGGCGAACUUGAAGCGGCAAGUUACUUCCUGAACCAACUCCGUCCACUCCGGUCCUUUAGCGAUCCUGAGAUCGUGUUUGAGGUGAACUUGUUGGAAAUUGAGUUCUUCAUCAAGCAAGGAUCAUUCGAAGAAGCAUUGACCAAAGUCGGCGAACGCAUCAGAGAAUCGAAAGGAAGAGGGACUGACAUGGCCCAACGUCUCCACCUUCUCAUACUGAAAAGCAGGAUAUACCUUGCUGGUGGACAGGCAGUCAAAGGGUUUGCUGUCUCGUUGAGGGCUACUUCAACUGCGGAGCGUCACCUGCUUAUGCCUGUUUUACAUGAGGGUCUCGCAGUUCUAGCACGGAUCCUUAUCGAGUUGUCCGAGUACGCAGUAGCCAGAGACCUGAUUGAGGCCACUCUGCCACAGGUCCUUGAGUCGAAGAACGUCACAUUGACUGCCAAGAUGUUUGUGACCAUGGGCGAGGCAUGCGUUGGGUUCGCUGGCUAUUGCUGCGAGGCCGGCUCAGCUGAGCAGGCUCGCAGUAUGCGGAGGGCUCUCGGCCUCAUUGAGCGAGGCAGAGUUGCAUACCAAAGGAUAGAGGACAUCAGUGGCAUGCUUGACUGUCUGCUGAUGAAAUCGAAGAUUGCCAACUGGAGCGGGGACGAGACAACAUCUGCGCAGGCCGAUGAGAUGUACAUGCAGCUUCUCGCUGACCGCUGA